UCCAUGGAGAAUAAUACAGAGGUGAGUGAAUUCAUCCUGCUUGGUCUAACCAAUGCCCCAGAACUACAGGUUCCCCUCUUUAUCAUGUUUACCCUCAUCUACCUCAUCACUCUGACUGGGAACCUGGGGAUGAUCAUAUUAAUCCUGCUGGACUCUCAUCUCCACACUCCCAUGUACUUUUUUCUCAGUAACCUGUCUCUUGUAGACAUUGGUUACUCCUCAGCUGUCACUCCAAAGGUUUUAACUGGGUUGCUUAUAGAAGACAAAGCCAUCUCCUACAGUGCCUGUGCUGCUCAGAUGUUCUUUUUUGCAGUCUUUGCCACUGUGGAAAGUUACCUCUUGUCCUCAAUGGCCUAUGACCGCUACGCAGCAGUGUGUAACCCCCUACAUUAUACCACCACCAUGACAACACGUGUGUGUGCUUGUCUGGCUAUAGGCUGUUAUGUCAUUGGUUUUCUGAAUGCUUCUAUCCAAAUUGGAGAUACAUUUCGCCUCUCUUUCUGCAUGUCCAAUGUGAUUCAUCACUUUUUCUGUGACAAACCAGCAGUCAUUACUCUGACCUGCUCUGAGAAACACAUUAGUGAGUUGAUUCUUGUUCUUAUAUCAAGUUUUAAUGUCUUUUUUGCACUUCUUGUUAUCUUGAUUUCCUAUCUGUUCAUAUUGAUCACCAUUCUUAAGAGGCACACAGGUAAGGGAUACCAGAAGCCUUUAUCUACCUGUGGUUCUCACCUCAUUGCCAUUUUCUUAUUUUAUAUAACUGUCAUCAUCAUGUACGUACGACCAAGUUCCAGUCAUUCCAUGGACACAGACAAAAUUGCAUCUGUGUUCUACACUAUGAUCAUCCCCAUGCUCAAUCCUAUAGUCUAUACCCUGAGGAACGAAGACGUGAAGAAUGCAUUCAUGAAGGUUGUUGAGAAGGCAAAAUGUUCUCUAGAUUCAGUCUUUUAAU